AUGGCUUCAAAUCAGGAAGAGGUGACCCUUUUGGGGGUUAUUGGAAGCCCGUUUGUUUGCAGGGUGAAGAUAGCCCUAAAGUUGAAGGGAGUUGAAUACAAUUACGUGGAAGAAAAUUUGGCCAACAAAAGUGAACUGCUGCUCAAAUACAACCCUGUUCACAAGAAAGUUCCAGUCUUUGUGCACAAUGGGAAGCCCUUAGCAGAGUCUCUUAUCAUUGUUGAGUACAUUGAUGAGACAUGGAAAAACAACCCCAUCUUGCCUUCUGAUUCUUACCAAAGAGCCCUGGCUCGUUUUUGGUCCAAAGUCAUAGAUGACAAGAUUGUGGGUGCUUCAUGGAAAUCUGUUUUCACGGUUGAUGAGAAAGAGCGUGAGAAGAAUGUUGCAGAAACACAUGAGGCUCUGGAGUUUCUUGAGAAUGAGAUAAAGGAUAAGAAGUUCUUUGGAGGAGAGGAGCUGGGGUUGGUAGAUAUUGCUGCUGUCUAUGUUGCAUUUUGGAUCCCUUUGGUUCAAGAAAUAGCAGGGUUGGAGUUAUUAACGAGUGAGAAAUUUCCUAAUCUCUACAAGUGGAGCCAAGAAUUUGUGAACCAUCCAAUCGUCAAAGAAAGCCUUCCCCCUAGAGACCCAGUUUUUGCCUUUUUCAAAGGACGCUAUGAAAGCCUUUUUGCUUCAAAAUAG